GUGGGAGCUGGUGGUGGUGGUAGCAGCUCGGCUGAGCGCUCAGUGCAAAGUGAUCGCUCAUCCGAUUCGUUGAAAUUCGCGAAACAUUUUCUAACUUCGCCCGGUUUACAAGGAAGUGUUCGUUCGUGUUAAUCGAUACGUUUUUACGUAAUUGGACGAUCAUUACGAGAUAUUGCGAUGUGUGUGAAAUCGUAACAGCCUUCACGGAUUAUAGCUUAUUGGAACAAAUUGGCAAUGCAUUAUUAUUGAGAAACGUACGCGAUGUUUAAAACAAACAUGUUGGUAGUGACAUUAUUUGUGUUGGUGUGUGUUGUAAGUGGUGAAGUGAACCGUACUGUGUCGGGGUCCAGAAUGGCGUGGAUGAAGGGUCUGCUGGACCAUCACGAUUGGAUGCAGAUCCUGGAUGGGAACCACACUGUGCCUCGAGAGUGCGAGGCGGAUUUGAGGCAGUACAUCACUGCUUUGAACGACGGCUCGCUGUGGGCUUCGAAAAUAUACGACGCAUCUGGUCAAUACAGCCCCAACAUUCUGUUUGGCAAUGAGUACUGGCUGGGCUCUUUGAACGCGUGCCGCGAUCUCCAACUGAAGCAGUACUAUGCGCAGACGCCCCCCUUCCCCACCACUUUCUACGUAGCUAAGAUCAACUUGACCGUCGAUGGAGAUCAUAUACCAAUGACCCGACCGAUGUUGGUCGGUCAGUGCGUGCCAGCCUCCUGCAACAAAGAUGCUGUCAAGAUCCUCCUGGACGCCGCCGAGACGAUUGUAUCAAGUCGAGCCGCCGUCGCCGGCAUCGACGCUUCGUUCAGCACUUUGUAUGUCCGGCCCGUGCCCGGCUCGUACAAUGUACUGAACGACCCAAAGCUACACAUACUCGGAACUGCUAUGUUAAUAGUAGCGAUAUGGAUGCUGGCAGCCUCUGUGUACGAAGGAUACUUGGAACGACGCUAUCAGUACAAGGAGCAAAAGGACCUCGAAGUGGCCAAUAACAACCACAAGCCAACUCCCAAUAGUCAGCAAACCACUGAAAAUUCAGAUGAAGAUAUCAGAGAUAGAGAAAUUCGACGGGAGCCCUGUGGAAUGUGGUCGGAAAUCUUAUUAUCGUUCUCGGUGCUAUCGAACGGGCGAGCGAUUCUUGGCACACAACGACCGAGCGACGGAGCACUAACCUGUCUACACGGCAUGAGGUUCAUGUCUGUAUUAUGGGUGAUUAUGGUGCACACCUACUUGACAAUCUUCUACAUAGCUGACAACAAAACUAUGAGAGUCGUGACAGAGCGGAACUUCUUUUACCAAUCCGUUGGCAAUGCGUCUUACUGUGUCGACACUUUCUUCUUUAUCAGUGGCCUGCUUGUAACGGUUCUCUUUUUGAGGAGCGAAGAAAAAAAGGCGAACAGAAAAAACGCUAAGAAACCAGAACGAGUCGACAAAGAGAUAAAUAAAAAUGUAAACGGCUACACGAAUUCCGCGUUAUCGGUAUCUGUUAUAGGCCAAGAGUCUUUUUACGAGGAUCUACUCGACAAGCCGAUAGCGAAGGGUUACUCGAAGCAGGAAAUCGUGAGAAUGAUUCGAUCGUUUUUCGUCAUGCUCUCUUAUCGCGUGGUGAGAUUGACUCCGGCGUAUGCUUUCGUGAUCGGUCUGAAUGAGCUGGUGUUACGUUAUACUCACGAUCACACGGUGUUCGAGCCGGCGAUAUUUGACCACAUCACGUGUGACAAGUACUGGUGGCGUAACGUAUUGUACAUCAACAAUCUGUUCCCGCAAAAGGACAUGUGCAUGGUAUGGUCGUGGUACAUGGCGAAUGAUACGCAAUUCUACGUCGUCGGUAUCAUAUUGUUAUUGAUAUCUGUUAAACACAUGAAAUUUGCAAUGGUGACUCUGAUCCUGGUAAUGGUUAGCUCCUGGGCAACCACUAUCUACGUGUCGGUGUGGCACCAAUACAAAGCUCGGAUACAAGAGCCCUUCGAAAUGUUCGACCCCCUUUACGACAAGCCUUGGUCACGAAUCGGUCCUUAUCUAGUCGGUAUGAUAGUUGGUUGGUACCUGUACAAAAUGAGGUGUCAAGUCCGUAUUCCUUACUGGGUGGUAGCCAUCGGAUGGCCUACGUCGCUGGUCAUCAUCAGUAGCCUUAUCUUCGGCAUGGUCGACGGUUACUUCGAAGUUUGGCCCACGGCCUUCUAUGUCAGCGUGGGGCAUACCGCAUGGGCGGUGGCGUUAGCUUGGAUCGCGAUAGCAUGCUGCUGCGGCUACGGCGGGCUGGUGAACUCGGCGCUGUCGUACCGCGGACUGCUGCCGCUGAGCCGCCUCACGUACUGCGCAUACCUGGUGCAUCCCACCAUCAUGAUGUACACGUCCUUCCUGCUCGACGGACCGCUGCAUCUGCAAAAUUCUAUGGUUCUUACAAUAUACGCCGGGUAUGCAGUCAUGGCAUUCCUGGCAUCGUUUGCUAUCUCGCUGGCAUUCGAGGCGCCUGCAGUCAGGCUCAUCAAGAUCUUCAACGGAGGGAAUAAGAGUCAAAAGUCUAAUAAAUGAAUAAUUAGCAGCAUUCCAGCAAAGGUAUUGGUUUUGGUAAAUAACUUCUAGUAUUUUACAUGCUGAACACAAGCGA